AUCGCUCGCGACCUUGGGGCGGGCCGCUUGGUUCUUUAAUGAGUUCGAGAAAGCCGCGGCGCGGCCCACCAGGUUCCAAAACAAGGAAAUGAAGGGAGGAGGCGGGACUGUGGGUGCCUGGGGGAGCCGCCGCCGCCGCCGCGGAGGAGGAGGAGGCGGAGGAGGUGGCUGCCGCGGCCGCCGAGGAGUCCCUUGCUGAAGGCGGACCGCGGAGCGGCGGGUGGCGCGCGCGCGCCCGAGCGACGGCUGUUGGAGAAGUGGAGCAGCGGCGGCGGCGGAGGAGGGACUGAGUGGCGGCGGCCCCCGCGUCCCGGUUUCUCUAUGGGGGAAGCAGACAAUGGAUUAUGAUUUCAAGGCGAAGCUGGCGGCGGAGCGGGAGCGGGUGGAGGAUCUGUUUGAGUACGAAGGGUGCAAAGUGGGACGCGGCACCUACGGGCACGUCUACAAGGCGAGGCGGAAAGAUGGAAAAGAUGAAAAGGAAUAUGCACUUAAGCAAAUCGAAGGCACAGGGAUAUCUAUGUCGGCUUGUAGAGAGAUUGCACUCCUGAGAGAACUGAAGCACCCUAACGUGAUCGCAUUGCAGAAGGUGUUCCUCUCCCACAGCGACAGGAAGGUGUGGCUGCUGUUUGACUAUGCAGAACACGACCUUUGGCAUAUUAUUAAAUUUCACCGUGCAUCCAAAGCAAAUAAAAAGCCCAUGCAGUUACCAAGGUCCAUGGUUAAAUCGCUGCUGUACCAGAUUCUCGAUGGUAUCCAUUAUCUCCACGCAAACUGGGUGCUCCACAGGGAUCUGAAACCAGCAAAUAUCCUAGUAAUGGGAGAAGGUCCUGAAAGGGGGAGAGUCAAAAUAGCUGACAUGGGUUUUGCCAGAUUAUUCAAUUCUCCUCUAAAGCCCCUCGCAGACUUGGAUCCAGUAGUUGUGACAUUUUGGUAUCGGGCUCCAGAACUUUUACUCGGUGCCAGGCAUUACACGAAGGCCAUCGACAUCUGGGCAAUAGGCUGCAUAUUUGCUGAGCUCUUGACUUCAGAACCCAUUUUUCACUGUCGUCAGGAGGAUAUAAAAACAAGCAAUCCUUUUCAUCACGAUCAGUUAGAUCGAAUAUUUAGUGUCAUGGGCUUUCCUGCAGAUAAAGACUGGGAAGAUAUUAGAAAAAUGCCAGAGUACCCAACACUUCAAAAAGACUUUCGAAGAACAACGUAUGCCAACAGCAGCCUCAUAAAGUACAUGGAGAAACACAAGGUCAAGCCUGACAGCAAGGUGUUCCUCCUGCUUCAGAAACUCCUCACCAUGGAUCCAACCAAGAGAAUCACCUCCGAGCAGGCUCUGCAGGACCCUUACUUCCAGGAAGACCCCCUGCCAACAUUAGAUGUGUUCGCUGGCUGCCAGAUUCCGUACCCCAAAAGAGAAUUCCUUAACGAAGAUGAACCAGAAGAGAAAGGCGACAAGAACCAGCCGCAGCAGCAGAACCCACAUCAGCAGCCUGCAGCACCCCCACAACAGGCAGCAGCCGCCCCACAGGCUCCUCCACCACAGCAGAGCAGUGCCCAAACCAAUGGAACUGCGGGGGGAGCCACUGCGGGCGGCGGCGGCGCUGGAGCGGGGCUGCAGCACAGCCAGGACUCCGGGCUGACUCAGGUCCCUCCAAACAAGAAGCCCCGGAUCGGGCCUUCGGGUGCAAACUCAGGCGGGCCCGUCAUGCCAUCGGAUUAUCAGCACUCCAGUUCUCGCCUGAAUUACCAAAGCAGCGUUCAGGGGUCCUCUCAGUCCCAGAGUACGCUGGGCUACUCGUCAUCUCAACAGAGUACCCAGUACCACCCAUCUCACCAGGCCCACCGGUACUGACCCACUCCCUCUGCUUGGCCUAGGAGAGCAGAGCACAGACUCCAGCAGGGUGGGACCUGCGUUAUAGAGAGCCCCAGAAUGAAGACAGACAUCAUGCAAAGCACAGACGCUUGAGAGGAAACCUUUGCAUGCUAAGUGUUUUGAAGGACUGAUAUCUCUUCCUCAUUGACUUAAGGAAGAUUCUUGUGAAGUGCUCCCAGCCCUCUUCCCUGCAUGCAUCCUUCUGUGACUUUCCUGAAGAGGCGUCUGCUGUACCCCAGCGUCAGACUUGUGCGUCCGCUCUUCAGCAGUCUCUGAGGGACUCUGGUGCACCUUUCUCAUGCUGUAGCAAUCAUUGUCAUUUAUCUUUUCUUAGGAUUUCAAUGUUCUAGGAACAGGGUUCCAGUGGUGUAUAGUUUUAUACUUCAUGAACUGACUUAGCAACACCAGUCAAAUGCACCUUUUAAAGCACUACACAGUCUUCACAGACUAACUGCUUUGCUCUUGGAAGUCUUAAAAAGAAACUGUUACUGUCCCAAAGUACUUUACUAUUAUGUUUUUAUUUAUCUCUUUCAGGGAAGGUCUAGUGAAAGACAGUGUAGGGCAGAUGGUGCCCACGACCAAACACAGCUUAGGUCUUUGCAGCUACCUGCUUAUGCUAUGAAGAACUGAAGUACUUGGUGGUUUUUAUGUAAUCAUUCACGGGGAACUCAGUUCCCAGAAUCAUCAUAUUCUGAAUAAUAUUCAGUAAUUAAAAUUAUAAUUUUAACUUCAUGUAGCUAAGUCUACUUUAAAAGAGGUUUCAAGGGCUUUGAUGGAAUCCAGGCCUUUGGGACUCACCUGGGAAGUCUGAAGAGACUGUUUCCUGCACUAGGACCUCACGAGGACUCACGCUGAUCAAAGCACGCUUCUUCCACUUGAAGGAAAAGCGCUUCCAUGUGUAGCGUCGGAGGCUUCUCUCAAGGAGCUGCAGGCUCUGCGGUGUCAGCAUGAGUAGCUUUCUUCCAUAAUCAAGGGUACUCAGAUAGAAGCCUGUGAGUUCAUCUGCAGUGUUUUCCAUUUGUAUGUGCAUUAAGCAUAAAGUGACUAUUUUUAAAGCAUGUUAAAAUUUUAGGUUUCAUUCAUGUUUGAAGUAUGUAUUAUGUAUGCAUAAUUUUGCUGUUACUGAGACUUAACGCUGUCGAGAAUCUUUUUAUUGCACUGAAUGCUUUCUUUUGCCCCUAGGAAAAAACUUAAUAAUUGUGCCUAAGAACUAUGGGCGAUAGUGUAAGGUAGAUGGGGUGAAUAUUUGCAUUUCCAUGAUCUACGAAUUCGAGGGGAGUUCUUUCUUAACUACUUUUGAGGAACCCCCACCUCCAGAAUCAAGAGGAGAUGUAAAGGCUUAGAGCCCCCAUUGUAGUGCAGGGGCAGAACAUCUGUGUUCUGAUGCUCCUAGCAGCACCAGCCUUGUUCUCAAUGUUUCUUGAGCUAGAAAAAAUAACCAAUUGUAUAUGCAAACUAUAUACAUUUUUAAAAAACUAUUCUUGUGAACCUAUCUACCUGGUUAUGAUACUCUGGGGUCCAUAUACAAGUAAAAUAAGAUUUUUAGAAGCCAGUAUACAUUUUGCACUAUUGAUGUGAUACUGUCGCCAGCCAGGACCUCACUGAUUUCAGCAUACUGAGGCUUAUAAAUAGUAAUAAAGACUGUAUGGUGACAUGCACACCAGGACCGAAAACGAAGUCAGUGACAUGUGACGUGCUUCAUUGGGAGGAGUUUCUGACUGUCCCCUUAGUUUUUUUUUAAUCCCUUAUGUUUUCUUUUUUUUUAAAUAAGAAUCAGCCUCGGGCAGACUGUAGCUAUCUAUACAAAGUUCUGAGCUGGGCCCUGGAGCCUCUUUGUCCAGGGCCACUUCUCCCUUCCCACAGGCUCAGGGCUCUGCUGGGUAGAAAAACAAAGAGCUGGAGACAGUUCCUUGUUACAGCCAAUCCAGUGAUGAUAAACUGAUGCGGGAUAUCCGUGCCACGUGGUUGACCUAUGAUGUCACAUGAGAUGAAGGUCCUUUUGUUUACUUCUGAACCCACUUGGAUAACUCUGUUCUGAAUUUUAUGGUAAUCAGUGUUAUGGGGAAGCAGGUCUGUGUCCGACCACUUGAGGAGAAAGCCAGGGAUUAGCUGUCACAAAAGGCAUCUAUGCAUAUUUGAAAUGUUCACAGCAGCCUUCCGCAACAGUAGGGUGGCCCUUGUGGACAGAGCAUCUUCUGUCUACUAAGUGGUGGUAGAGAAUUACAAUAAAAACAGAAACUUUGUUCUUGCCCUCGAAUGAGCUCAAUUUAAUGAAAGGCAUUAGCCCCUAGUCUGUGUAUAUACAUACAUACAUACAUACAUACAUACAUACAUACAUACAUACAUAUAUAUUAAAACAAAACAGUUCUUUGUAUACAAACUGGAUGCACCGUUCUGGCAGUAUGCAUUUAGACAUUCACAGGACUGUUCUGGUAAAACCAGCUCACACAGGGCACCUUGCCAUUCCCUUCCAGUAUAGUGUUUUCCAGGACAGAACCAGAAAUCGCCACUAUCAAUGCAGCUGGGUUCCACAUCACUGCACUGAUUCUGGCCCUUUGACUUUCUCUUCUUUCCUCAGGGUUGGUGAUGCACACCUGUGCCCAGUACUCUCAGAAAUAAUUUCUGUUCAUUAUUUCCUUUUUCCGUGAAGGAAGCAAAGCCUUUCGUAUACAUUAAGGCCAUAGUCCAUGGGGUGGGACCUCUCAUGGGACCUGUGAAACUUCUCAAGGGUGGAGUUUACCUUCAUGAGCCUCAAGUGAUGGGAUUUCUCUUUGCACCUUCAUUAGAAACUGUUUUGUUCUCUGGGGACACAGAGGCAUCCUCUGACUUAGGGGAGCUUCAGAGUCUAGGGAGGAGUGAAGGAUUGAGUUGAAAGGUUUCUAUUCUUUAUAUUAAGUCACUUUUAGAGGUGGCUCUGUGUCGAGGUGUUUGGGGAAAAGGAUUCAGGCCGGCAUCUGAGGGCAGUAGCUAAAAGUACUGUAGCGUGAGUUGGUAAUUUGAGUCCUUUUGAUGAAAUAAACCAUGAAGUGAGUGAGAUGCAGAGAUCAAGAGACAAGUCUGUUUUUAUUCUGUGCUUUAGAAACCUUAGGAUUUGGAGUGCUGACAUUCUGCACUCUGUAACGUAGCUUCAUGCCGGGAAGGGGGGGCGGCCUCCCAGACUCUCACGGUCACACAGGCUCGCUGCCUCGUUCCCCGUCAUUCUCUUGCCUCUGAGAUAAUGCUCUGCUGUGCUAACGGGGGAAGGAGUGGGCGAGUAGGACUUGCAGCUUGCCCUGCUUCUGAGUCAAGAUGUAGCAGCCGCCGCCAUGCACUGCUGCACUGCUCUUUAGGUGACCAGAAGGACAACGAGUGGCCGUUGGGCUUCACGGAGGCUCGGAGGAAUCCAGUACAUGUAAUAAUUUUAUACAGCGCAUAGCAGUUUAAGUCCCCAUAGUGAUCAAGAAGAGUUACAAACAUAGCCGCAAAGGCCAGUGUUUGAGGGACUUCAGAGGUGUGUGGUACUGGGAUACUUGCCCUUCCAAGCUGUUUUCCAUAGGGAGUGGUGCUGAUGUGUGACAUGGGAAAUUCCUGAUGCACUGUUACCACCUAUGUAGUGAGUAAAAUUAAUACUAUUUAAUAUUUUUUUUUUGUAAAAAAAAAAAAAGCUUUGUCUGGGUAGACACUAAAAGCAUUAUAUAAAGCCAGGACCGACAUGUCCUUUUUAAUAACAACUGAAAGUACUUUUUAUAUAUGUUAUACAGUGUGUCCUUUCUAAACUAGUUUGUAUUCCCGGUAAUUCCUAUUUGUGAAGUGUACCUGUCUAUCUUUCUGAUCAUUUUCUGCACGCACCCCCUCUGUAUGAUUAGAUAUUGCCAUGACUCUCCUUGCUCUGCUGUGAUGUGUGUAAGCCAAGCCUGCUGCCCUCAGACGCCCGCUCUGAGGAUGCAGGGUGUGUGGCCUCGGCCACUUCCGAACUGGGUGCUUCUGCUCUGGAGUUCUCCAGCCACCCUCUCAAAGUGACUGUUCCAGCUGCGAUAAAUUACAUCACAUUUAUUUUAUAUUCUUGGUUGAAAUAAAAUUUAAUUGACUUUG